AUGUCGGUAGAUCGCAGUUGGAUGUAUGAGCGACUAGAUCAAAAUGGCUUCCUUAAUUCUGAAUUUGAGAUUGGAGUAGAGACAUUUCUAAACUUUGCCUAUGCACAAGUACAGUUUACAUGCCAAUAUAAAAUUCGUUGUCCAUAUUCUAAGUGUCAGAAUAGAAAAUUUCAGAAUAGGCAAAAUGUUACUUAUCACCUUUGCAAAAAUGGAUUUAUUGGAGGAUAUACUAAGUGGAUUGCGCAUGGUGAAUCUAUGACUCAUGAAAUAAAUUCUGAACAACUUGAGGAACAGUCUACUGAUUAUCUUGCUCCAACCAACAAUGUCAAUGAUUAUAGAAGCAUGGUCAUAGAAGCAAUGGAUAUAAAUUGUGGUACAUUUGGAGUUGGUAGUUCUGAAAUGGACAAUCAAACCAUGGAGCCGAAUUUAGAAGUUUCAAAAUUCUAUGAAUUGUUACAUGAUGCGGAUGUGCCAUUGUGGGAAGGCUGCAAUAAUCAUACCAAGUUAUCUGCUGUAUCUCAAUUACUGAACUUAAUGUCAGAAUUUCAUAUUAGCCAUAAUUGUUUUAAUAAGUUGAUGGGAACAGUAAAAAGUAUGCUACCAGAAGGAAACCGCUUACCAGAUAAUUUUUAUAAUACGAAGAAGAUGAUGUCCACUCUAGGCCUUGGUUAUACAAAAAUUGAUGUUUGUGUAAACAAUUGUAUGUUGUACUUUCAAGAAAACAUCGACAGAACAUCAUGUACAAUAUGUGGUCACCCUCGAUAUAAACCAAUACAAUCAUUUAUGGGGCGACGUAAAAAGAGACCAUUUAAAGUGUUGCGAUAUCUGCCUUUGAUUUCCAGACUUCAAAGACUUUUUAUGUCAUCCAAAACUGCUCUGCAUAUGGUUUGGCAUGCUUCUAACCAACAUGUAGAUGGUAGUAUGGUGCAUCCUGUUGAUAGUGAGGCAUGA